GUCGCUCGAGGAAGGUGAGAUGGGCAGAGGCCAGGGGUCCUCUCCUCGGGGUCCCCUCCGCCCAGGCCCCCCAUCCCUGUCACCCCAAGGGGCCUGCGGGCGGUCGCUCGAGAAAGGUAAGAUGGGCUGGAGGCCAGGGGUCUUCCCCUCUCACCUCUUGGGGUCCCCUCCGCCCAGGCCCCCCGUCCCUGCCACCCCCCGGGGCCUGCGGGCAGUUCCUCAAGGAAGGUGAGCUGGGGGGCGGUCUCUGGAGAUGGGCAGAGGCCAGGGGGUCCUCCUCUCUCACCCCUCGGGGUCCCCUCAGCCCAGACCCCCGCCUAUGCCACUCCAAGGGGCCUGCGGGCAGUCGCUCAAUGAAGAAAUCUCCCCGCACCACGCGGGACAGCAGGAGAGCGAGGAGGAGGAGAUGAGGAGGAGGAAGGUGGCGGCGGGAGCCACGGACAGCCGAAGGGACGGGGGACGGCUGCGGGAACUGGAAGCGGACGAGCGGGUCAAGGGGGAGAAAGUCAAAGAGCAGAAGGUCGAGGAGGAGAAAGUCAGAGAGCAGAAGGUGGAGGAGGAGAGGCUGGAUCGGGACAAAGACGACCGAGUCGUGGAGGAAGAGGUUAAGGAGCUGCUGGCUGGGACGAUGGAAGAGAUGGAGGAGAAAGAGGAAGAGAAGGAGCAGGAGGAGAAAGAAGAGGAGAGGAAGGAGGAAGAGGAGGAGGAGCAGGAGGAGCAGGAGGAAGAGGCCCUGAGGAAGAAGAGAACCUCCGCUGAGACUCGGGUAUCCGGUGAAUAUCUGGACGACCCGCACAAACCAGGGCACGGGGGUCGGGGGCCGGGAGAGAAAGCGGUUUCGGAUGGGUUGCACGGGGGUCCCAGGAAGCACGGGGGCUCCCGAGGUGGUGGGGAAGAAGAGGAGGAGGAGGAGGAGGAGGAGGAGGAGGGCAGGUGGGGGGCCGGGGGCCGGCGGUGGACGGCGGCCCAGAAGCGGGUGGUGGAGAAGGCCGGCGGCGAGGAGACGGCUCAGUUCGAGGCAGAGGAGGAGAAGCGGGGGAGGACGGAGGCCGCGGAGAGCCGGCGGCCCGGGGGGCUCCGGGCGGACCGCCGGCGGCGGCUGGGGGGAUCCCAGAGUCGGGAGGGGGAGCCGGGGCCCCGCCGCCAGGACACCCGGCAUCGUCACCAUCGCCACCACCGGGAGGAGGAGGAAGAGGAGGAGGAGGAGAGGGAGUCCGAGAAGAAGGAGCCGGAGAGGCUGGAGGAGAUGGAGGCGGAGCUGCGGCGAGCAGCGGAGAAGCUGGUGGAGCUGAGGCGGGAGGUGUGAUCCCGGCCGGGCGCCCCUCGGCCCCCUCCGCCCCCGCCUAUCCCUUCCCCGCAGAUCCGGCUGCGGACUCUCGCACCCACCCCCCGCCACCAUCCCCCAGGCCUCGCCAUGAAAACCGACCGUCGGGGAAGGGCAGCGGGCGUCCCUUCUCCUGCCGCCCACUCCGUCCCGUGAGGGACCCUGGGAUCUCCUCGGGGUCCCGGGUUUGCCGCCUCGGCCCGGGCCCCCUCCUCGGCGUCACCUGCCCCCAGACUGAAUAAAGCACACUGAAGACCAUCA